GGCCCGUCCCGGGAGGAGGCAGCAGGUCCGCGGUGCAGCGGGAGCGCGGCGCAGCCCCGGGGAUGCGGACGCCCGUGGUGAUGACGCUGGGCAUGGUGCUCGCGCCCUGCGGGCUGCUGCUCAACCUGACGAGCACCCUGGCGCCCGGCUGGCGGCUGGUGAAGGGCUUCCUCAACCAGCCGGUGGACGUGGUGCUGUACCAGGGCCUGUGGGACAUGUGCCGCGAGCAGAGCAGCCGCGAGCGCGAGUGCGGCCAGGCGGACGACUGGGGCUACUUCGCCGCCGAGCCCGUGCUCGUGGCGCGGGGACUCAUGGUCACGUCGCUGGCCGCCACGGCCCUGGGGCUGCUGCUGGCGUCGCUUGGCGUGCGCUGCUGGCGGGAGGAGCCCCACUUCUUGCUGGCGGGCCUGUCGGGCGUCGUGCUGUUCGUCGCGGGCCUCCUCAGCCUCGUCCCGGUCUCCUGGUACAACCACUUCCUGGCGGACCGCGCCGUCCUGCCCGCCCCGGACAGCCCGGUCACGGUGGAAGUCAGCUACAGCCUGGUGCUGGGCUACCUGGGCAGCUGCCUGCUGCUGCUGGGCGGCUUCUCGCUGGCGCUCAGCUUCGCGCCCUGGUGUGAGGAGCGCUGUCACCGCUGCCGCAAGGCGUCCGCCGGCAGCCCGCGCCGCCCCAGCAUCAGCACGGUGUACGUCGACUGGCCGGAGCCCGCACUCACGCCCGCCAUCAAGUACUACAGCGACGGCCAGCACCAGCCGCGGCCCGCCGAGCUCGGCGCCGCCGGCAAGCCCAAGGUGGGCUUCCCCAUGCCGCGGCCGCCGCCCAAGGCCUCCUACACGAACCCCAUGGACAUGCUGGAUGGGGAGACGGCGGCUGGUUCCCAGGGCGCCUCCUCGGGCAGCACCCGGCCCUGCCACAGCUCCCUGCCCUGCGACUCCGACCUGUAGACUGCGCCCCCCCCCUCCCCGCCCAGGCUCUGUCUGGACGAAGGACUCGCCCCACCACCGUCCAACCUUGAACUUGUCUGUUACUUGUAUGCUAGAAACACCUGGCUCGGAGUAGGAACCCGGGACACCAUGCCUUUUCCUGGAACUGGUUUGGAGGGCAAUCCUCCUUUCCUGUGGUAGACUUCUUGGACGAUUGGUUCAGGUUGGGUUUGGUUUUCUUUUUAUAGAAUUUAGUUUUCCUCUCCAGAGGGAUCAGGGUCCUCUUAUAGAGUGACAGGCUUUUCAUACU